AUGGGGCGUUCUCAUCUUUCCGUCAAAGUUGCUCCCAGCGGAGGGCGACUCGUCCCAUUCCCUUCAGCUCCAAAAGCGUUGAUGAGGACGCAGGUGCCGGAAUCUUUGGCUUACUACGACGUCGCAGAUCCCUCCGAGGAGUUUGCCUGUCCUUCUCGCUUCGAAGGGACGCUCUGCGGCCGUCCAAAAACGCCGCUGGAAACGCAGGCGCGUCCCCCGAGAUCGGCGACCCCCGCGGUUUCUCUUUUUCCCACGUCUUUGGCGGCUUCGGCUCAGGCGCCUGCCUCGGUGGUGCCUUUCGGCCGGUUGCGAUCAGCGAGAAAGCUGCGAACCUUCUGCGAGGACGACUGGCUCGAGAGAGACGCUGGCGAGGUAGGCCGCGCGAAGAGCAGAGCCUACGAGAGACCGGACGGGGCGAGUGCGCACGUUCCGACUUUUCUCGCGGGGACGGCGAGAGUCCUGGAGGCGCCUCUGGAAAGAGACCCAUCGACACAGUCGGAGGGUGAAGAAGGCGGACCUGACCGGGUGUAUUCGGCUGCCGCGCACCCUGUCCGAGGUCCAUCGCUGUAUCGACAGAAGACGCGGGCUGAAAAAAAGGAGCCGGGUGCCGGUCUCCGCGCUCUCCCCUCACAGAGUCAGCGACUCGCGACUUGGUCCAGUCGCGCAGAGAAGGGGAGACAAAUCCUGCGAUUCGCCUCGCAGACCCCUUCGCCCAGGAGCGAAGCCCGAAAAGGAGACACCCUCGCCGCGGAGGACGCAGAGGAACAGCCCUCGCGGGGUUUGUCGCGACGCCUCUUGUCGCGCGCCUCCACAAUGCAUGCAGGCCAAGCGACGGCCACGCACCCUCCAGAGGCAGACGGCAGGGAACCCGCGAAACGGCUGCCGACGCAGCUCCAGUCUCUCGCGACUCUGAGGACCAUGAAGACGCUCAAGGGACACGAAGCAAAAGGAGAGAGGGCCGCGGGAAAACAAAUUCCGACCAGCGACUCAGAGAGCCUCCGUGACGAGCUGAAACGCUCUCGUUCGACCUGCCUUUCGCGUGACACGCGUUUCCACUCUCAAGCUCGCCUUCAAAGUUUCGCGACUAGCCGAGCGCUGGACCUUCGCGCAAAGAGCAUGCAUCCCACGCGGGUUCCCUCGAGGGAUGCAGAUUCCUCGGACUCGUCGCUGACUUCUUCGCCUCCCGACAUUUGCUGGGAAUCGGAAACUGGGGACGAAAGCGAGGCGGGAGUCGACCCGUGGGGCGAGCCGCAGGCCGACGCGUGGGGUAGGUCCGCAGGCGCGAGCGUCCGCGGAAGGCCCCGCGGCCCCGAGGGCGGUUUCGUCCGGUUCCUUCGCGAGAACGAAGCGUCGGAAGCACAGACAGCCACUGCGUCGCUCCUCAACCUGGCGAACGCGGCGCGGGUCGAGAUGGGAAAGGCGCUGCGGCGACGAGCGACAGAGGGCCUCGCGAAGCGCCUCGGAGGCGCCAACCCCCUCGAAGGGGCGCUUCGCGGUGAAAGCGUGUGGGGAACUGACGCGAGUGAACCAGACGAAGACGAGCGAGCGGCCGUCGCCUUUGGCCACCUGGUCCUCGGGGAACUGAAAUACGUUCGCGAUAUGGACCCGGCCAUCAGCCGAAUGUGCGACGACCUCGGCACGCUGCUUCAAGACCUCGGCGACGGACGCGAGACGCGCGAACGGAUCUCGAGAAACCGAAAGAGAGACGAGGCGUAUGAGGACUUGUUGACGAAGGUGGAGACUUCGAUCGAGGAUGUUCUCGACCUCGAGAAAGUGGAGGAGCGGUCUCCGUUAACUGCCGCCUGCACCGACGGCUAUCGCCACAUCGGCAACCAGAAAGUCUCGCGCAGUUGCAGUCCUCUUUCCCAGCCUGUGUGCUCGCCCCUGUGCGUCCUCACGAGGCCUUCGCCGCGACCCUCACCGUGUCCGUCUCCUCUCAGUGUCUCCGCGAGCCCGACGGGCGACACACGCCCCAAAGGCCUUUCGGCCCCUGCGCCGUCGCGGUUUCGCCUGCGGCCGCCAGAGGGAGACUGGGAGGUGGACGGAGCGGAGGGUUGCCUUCGACUGUCUUCGCCGCCGCUGAUUAGAAGCGUUCAGGCUAGGAACGAGAAGCUGUGCGAAGCGGGAGAGGAGGCGAGCGCCGUCGAGGAACGGCACUGUGGCCAGAUGGGAGGCCGGGCACGGACGCCAAAAGGCCUUGGAAAGGCAAAGGCCUCGAUGGAAAACGGAGACGGACGUCUCGAACGCGGGGACAGGGCCCUGCCGUCGCCCGUCAUGUGGGGCGUUUGCUUGCGAUCUGACGACGAGGACGAUUCGCCCAGCACCAAGAAGCGACAAGGCGGGAGUUGCGCCGCGCGCCCCGACAGCGGAGGAAAGGAGGCGACACAAGGACCGGCGAGACGGUGCAUCGGCGACAAACUCGGCGCCGGCAGCCACGCCUGCGACUUGAUUCUGCCUGCAGACGACGACAAACAUGUGGUCAACGCGCGCCUCCCAGAGGCUCUUUCCUGCGAAAAAACCCUGCACUUUAUGGGCCUCCCGUUGGUGGCGACUGCAGAAGAGCUGAGUCCUGAGCAGCAAAGCGCCUUGCGCGAGGAUGAAGACUUAUCGGAGGCUCUCGAGCGCCUGCAUGUGCUCGAGGCCUACCUGCAGUCCUGUCCGGCCGCCGGCACAGUGCCUCGCUCGCGGCUCGGCGCGUUCCGGCCGCUCCGCCGGGCUCUCGAGAAUCUCGACGGCCUCCGCGCAAAGGAGGCGGAAGAGGCGCCUGGCGAGAAAGCGACGGUCAGCACGAAUGGCGCUGCGAGGAGAGAGAAGCAAACAGAGGCGGACCUCGACAUUCAAGAUCUCCAGUUCCUCAAGGGGCUUCUUUUGAGCGAGAGGUCUCAGGCAGAGGCGAGGAGACUCGGGGCCGGCGGUGAGAUCGACAACCUGGAGCUUGACCGGCCGGGGAAAGACUUGCCUGGGACGUCGUCUUCGCCACCCUUUCCUCCGCUCUCGGAACUUCUCCCCAACUCUACGCGCGCUGCCACGCCUGACGCGUCGCCCAGUGCGGCCUCCAUGUGUCUUCUUCCGGGGGACAAGGCUCCACAAUCGCCCUUGAACCGCGCACGCUCUUUUCUCCGCCUCAUGGACAACAGUUUCCGUCGCGAGCGGGACGCACUCGCGCCGCUGUCUCCCGUGUCCUCGACCCCGUCGUCCUCCAGAUGCUCUGGCGAGUCCUCCGUGGCCUUCGCUGCCUCGCGACUCGCCUCAGAAGCAGUGCCCGGGCCCCCGCCGUCCCUGAAGAGUAGUGUGUCUCUCUCUGCCUCCCGCAGCAAGAAGCUGGACCUCUCCGAGCCGGUGUCUCCGUCCUCGUGGGCGAAGCCAACAGAACCCGCCGUCAGCAUCUCCGUCGCGCCGUCUCUGUCGCGGGACGUCGGACGAGCCGGCGGCGGCAGCUCCCUGGCCGGGAAAAGCGUUGCAUUUCUUCCGCAACCUGCGGGACCCAGCAGAGAAACGUCCACAAUCCUAUACAAGUCGUUGCGUGUGCCAGGGAGUGCCCCCAGCGAAUCAAUGCGCUGUGUCUCCUUUGCUUCGCCGGGCGUCGAACCUGCGGCCCCGUUGCUCACGGAGACCAGUGGAGGAGGAGGCGUCGCCAGCUCCACUGCGGUCGCCGCUGUCCCAGAGAACCUCCCUGUCCCAGAGAACCUCCCUGUCCCAGAGAACACCCUCGUCCCAGAGAACACCCUCGUCCCAGAGAACACCCUCGUCCCAGAGAACCUCCCUGAAGACGUCGCCCCUCCUAAGGAAGACGAAGCUGGAGAGGCAGUGCCUUCGACGCGGGUCCCCGACGGGCUUUCUGUUCCCGCGUUGGAGUCGAAACCUGACGCGGGGGCUGUCCACUUGGGAGCAGCGAAAUCUGCGCCGACGCCGCCUGCGGAACGGCUGUCGCUUGGUCUCACCGUGCCUCCGCGGAAAGUCAAGACGCUCGGGGACAGCAGCCUGUCUCGCUCGUUUCACACCAGUCGUUCGCUCCGCGAAGCCUUCAAAGCGUCGCACGCUGCCACGGCGCCCUUACCUGCCGCCGAUGGCCAGGCGGGCCAAGACGUGCAUGCGUCACAUCAGGUGUCUCCACCCGAAGGGCUAUCCGGUCUCGAUGCGAAGACGAGUCGACUGGACAGCAGAGGGCCUCCGCAGGCGCCGGCCUCGUUUCCCGAGAGCGCCGCGCCGCAGCAGCCAACCACGCUUUUUCAAGGCGCGAAAAAAAUGGUUCAGAUGGCAGCCGCGCAAAUCGUGAAUGCCUUCAGAGGCGGCGCGGCCUUCGCAGAGGACGCCACGUACGAUCUGGUUGUGUCUAUCGGAGAGCUCAGAAACGUGCUCGCGUUCGCCGACGACAAGGUCCCCAAGAAAGUUUUCUGCGUUGUUCACUACCAGAGCGAGAAUGCUAAAGAGCUCCUGCGGGCGAGGCGGCAAAGAACGAAAACCUGCAUUGUCAAGGAACUGGCGGAGCACGUCUACGGCAGUGACAUUCAGCAGCGGGUCGUCCUACCCUUCCAGGCGCAGCAAGCGGGUGUGCGUGUUACAGUGAUGCAGUUGAACCUGGACGACGAUCUCCUCCAGUCUUUGCCGGCGCUGGAAGACUUCCAAUACACGCCUCUCGGAACGACGCCUCUUCUGCUCUACAAUUCCUCGAAACCGGACGGAGAGAAGACGUUUUGGUCGCUGUUGAACACAGCCGAUCCCGGGGCUUCCACGGGCGAGUUGUCCGUCAGCGUCAGUAAACAAGCAAAGGGAGAACAAACGGUCGCCGUCAACGGCCCCGCGCGGCCUUCCUCUGCAUCCGCAAUCCAUCUGGACACCCAGCAGGAGGCACAGGCAACGGGCGUGCAACUCCCCGGACCGCCCUCGCCUGUCGGGGAAGAGAAGGCCGAGACCAACCAUGCCUCUCCGCGGCCCACGGACGACCACAACGAGAAAGCGGAAAACAUAGAAAUUGAAAAACAAGAUGGCACAACCAAGAAUGAAGACAAAGAGAAGCCCCAAGAAGACGACACGACCAGCAAGGACAAAGAGAAGGCAGAGAAACAGCAUCGGAAAAGCAAGGAGGAGAAGGCCAAGAAAAGCGAAGGGGCCGAAAAAACCCCAAGAUUAGACAGAAGUCGCGUGGAGGAGAGCGCACGAUUAGACAGCAGUGGCGUGAAGAGCCCAAGAUUAGACAGAAGUCGCGUGGAGAAGAGUCCACGAUUAGACAGAAGUCGCGUGGAGAAGAGCGCAAGAUUAGACAGAAGUCGCGUGGAGAAGAGCGCAAGUUUAGACAGCAGCGGCGUGGAGAAGAGCGCAAGAUUAGACAGCAGCGGCGUGGAGAAGAGCGCAAGCUUAGACAGCAGUGGCGUGGAGAAGAGCCCAAGAUUAGACAGAAGUCGCGUGGAGAAGAGCGCAAGAUUAGACAGCAGCGGCGUGGAGAAGAGCGCAAGCUUAGACAGCAGUGGCGUGGAGAAGAGCCCAAGAUUAGACAGAAGUCGCGUGGAGAAGAGCGCAAGAUUAGACAGCAGUGGCGUGGAGAAGAGCGCAAGAUUAGACAGCAGCGGCGUGGAGAAGAGUCCACGAUUAGACAAAAGCGCAAAAGUAGAGACGAGUCAAAAGGUAGAAGGGAAAGUCAGAAAUGAAGUCUCCAUGCCAAGUCCGAAUGCGGAGGACGUGCAUGUACUCGGGAACCACGGCAUUUAG